ACGUAAAGUAUUUGUCUUGCAGGUGGUGGUAGUCACAAUGGUGAGGGUGGAGGAGGUGGAGGCAUAGAUGGCGGUGGAGGAGGCAGUGACGGAGCAGAUGAGGAAGAGCUCGGUGCUUUCUGGGAGCUCCUGGACGGGGAGAUCCGCCCGAUCAAGCCCAUUCCUUCAUACCCUGAGUCGCAGGUCAUCUUUGCGGAACACAAAGAGAUGGCACGCAAAUAUUUAGUCCUGCAGCAAGAAAUAUUCAACUUGCGGAAGAACAAGAUUGCCCUGCAAGAGAAACUGUCACAGGCCGAGAAGCUGGAGCAGCUUGGCAACCAGCGUUACCAAGACAACAUAAGAGAACUGGAAAAUAAAAGGGAGAACUUACGGCACACUCACAGUAGACUGAGACAACAGCUGGAGCAGAUUCUAGCCAGACAGCAAGAACAGCAACAGCGGGAGCAGCAGCAGCAGGAGGACGGAAGGGGAGGUGGCUUGGGAUCAAACCUCUCCCUGACCCCCCUCUGAGGACAGGUGCAUGCUCUCCCCCUCUCCAAGCACCAGGGCUGUGAUUUGUAAGACAGUCAGGGACUCUUUUAUAGUGUGGACAAGCUGUUCUUCCUUAGUUUCUCAUGCCACAACCAUAUCAAGUGAAAUGGAAACACAGAAGGAGAAUAAGGCAAAGAAGAAGAAAAGAGAAAGUUGAUUGGAUUAAUGUAUCGUUAUUGGAUCAGAGGCUUUAUUACUUUUUCAGUUUUAAAGGGUUCAGAUGUAUAGAAAGGCAAGCUUUUACUUGAUGGGUUUUGUAUUUUAGAAAAAGUGGAAAAAAAAUUGUGGAUGGGUGACCAUCAGGGCUACAAGUUUCAGCAGCCGUAAAAGUUGGUAAUAACUUUCCUUUUCUUCCCCACUUAUAUGUUUCUUCCUUAACAGGUACUGAGUUGAUACUAUGGACACUUAUUCUAGACUGUAGGUAUCAGAUAAAACACAUUGUCAAUUUAUUUAGAACCAAAUUUUAGUCUUUUAAGUUGUAAUUUUGGUCACUUAUUUAAUGUUCAUUUUAGAAUCACCUGAUAUGACUUAUUUAUUGAUGUAUAAUAUUUUGGAAUUGUUUUUAGCAAUUCUAAAAAGUAUGCAUUUUUAGGCUAGAUUGUUUUUUAAUGGCAGAAGAUCGCAUCACAAGAGAUGUUGUGACGCACUCUUGUUCAUUUUCGAGUUUGAUCCUUCGAAUUAAAUUUUCUUGCAUUAACUCGGUUAUGAAAAGAAAAUAUGGAGGAUGUAAUUACUUGGCACUGGUGAGGAGAAAAAUCUUCAUUUUUAUCGUAUGAAUAUCUGUAACUUAUUUUAUUGAGGUUUUAUAUGAAGCAGGAAUAUAUUCUGUGAUAAAGAAGGUAAUACAAAAGACAUUUUAACAACGAUAUGUAUGGAUGUUCUGCAUUUUUUAUUUUAUUAUGUGCUAUGAGUGAAAAGGAGCUUUUUAAAGACUAGGCAGACUAUAAUCGAGAAUUGUAGGGAAUUGGAUAGGGAUUUUGUGCAUUAAAUUUGAUAUUAUUAUUAUUAUUUUUACAGUUAUCAUCAUUAUUUUCAAUAUAUUAUUUUUUUAUUACAAUUAUUUUUACUGCCUCUAGUAUUAGUGGGGUAUUAUCACUCCUAAUUCUGAUAUUUCUUGAUGUUGUCAUAAGCAUUUGUAUCAUUUUAUGUAAUAAAGAAUAAAUUUUUAGAAAAGCAGAACAUAUCCAGCAAUGGAGCAUAUCAUGGAUGUCGCUAAAUAGCACAAGUUCCAAGUACCAGACCAUCAGAAAGAUGCAGAAAGCACUGUAAGAAAAAUAAGUAUAUUUAUUUAUGAUUUGUUGUGAAUUAGCCAGUAGGCAUUAGUUGUCUGAAAGAUCCCGAGGAAGCCAUGAAGUGUGACUGGUGAGGGAGGUUCAGUUAGUGCUGCCGUAAAGUGUAAAAGCAGCAAGUGUGUAUGUGCCUUUGAAUGUGUUCAUCUUCAUUAUAUAAUCUCUUGAAAGUAGCUUAGAGGGAGAGGACUUCACUUCUAAGCUGCUCUACAGAUGUUUUAGAAGUGAUAGUGUACUUGUCAGCUUUGAAGUGUUUUGAUCUUUUUAUUGUAAUAUAUGUAAAUAUAGAUAUGUAUUUUAUAUGACUAUUGAAAGAAAGAUAUUUACU